GGCGCUCUGUGAGACUUUCCUGUCACUGGAUACUACUACUCCCGGCACCUCCUCAGCGCGGCCGGAGCAAACCCCCAGGUCUUUUAGUUUACAAGUGGCAAUUUGACUGGCUCUGCUGCAUGUCUGGAGGGACCGAGGAAAGUGUGGACACGCCCCGGGGAUUCAGGGACCGCAGCUUCAAACGAAAACAAGCCAAACCAACCAAGCAAACUCACCCACCCUAAGCCAGCAUGAGGCUGCUGGAGAGAAUGAGGAAAGAAUGGUUCAUGAUCGGAAUUGUGCUGGUCAUCGCCGCCGCGAAGCUGGAGCCCUCGAUGGGGGUGAACGGGGGACCACUGAAGCCAGAAAUAACUGUAUCCUACAUUGCUGUUGCAACAAUAUUCUUUAACAGUGGACUGUCAUUAAAAACGGAGGAGCUGACCAGUGCUUUGGUUCAUAUAAAACUGCAUCUUUUUAUUCAGAUCUUUACACUUGCAUUCUUCCCUGCAACAAUAUGGCUUUUUCUCCAGCUUUUAUCCAUCACACCCAUCAAUGAAUGGCUUUUAAAGGGUUUGCAGACAGUAGGUUGCAUGCCUCCCCCUGUGUCUUCUGCAGUGAUUUUAACCAAAGCAGUUGGUGGAAAUGAGGCAGCUGCAAUAUUUAAUUCAGCCUUCGGAAGUUUUUUGGGCAUUGUUGUAACACCUCUGCUACUGCUGCUUUUUCUCGGCUCAUCCUCUUCUGUGCCUUUUACAUCUAUUUUUUCACAGCUUUUCAUGACUGUUGUGGCCCCUCUCAUCAUUGGACAGAUUGUCCGCAGAUACAUCAAGGACUGGCUGGAGAGGAAGAAGCCCCCCUUCGGUGCCAUCAGCAGCAGUGUGCUCCUCAUGAUCAUCUAUACCACGUUCUGUGACACGUUCUCCAACCCCAAUAUUGACCUGGAUAAGUUCAGCCUUGUUCUCAUUCUGUUCAUAAUAUUUUCUAUUCAACUGAGUUUCAUGCUUUUAACCUUCCUCUUUUCCACCAGGGAAAACUCGGGUUUCACGCCAGCGGAUACAGUGGCUAUCAUUUUCUGUUCUACACACAAAUCCCUCACGUUGGGAAUUCCAAUGCUGAAGAUUGUGUUUGCGGGCCAUGAGCAUCUCUCUUUAAUAUCCGUCCCCUUGCUCAUCUACCACCCAGCUCAGAUCCUUCUGGGGAGUGUACUGGUGCCAACAAUCAAGUCUUGGAUGGUGUCGAGACAAAAGGGAGUGAAGCUGACGAGGCCAACGGUAUAAGGAAGGCAGCACACUCUACGUACCAGUGUACAUAUGUACAGGAUUGGACCUACGGAUCAUUCUGAAGACUUGUACUUGUGAAUGUUGUUCCAAUGCACAUUUUUAUUUUUUUAUACAAAAACACGACACACCUGUUGAAGUGCCUUACAUUGCAUUUGACUAGAGCGUUAUUUCCAAAUGUGCUUUGUUGGUGACUGCUAGAGGUGGUACAAUAUUUUGGAGUGAAUUUCUUUUCUCCUGAUGCAGGGAAACAGUCGUAGUAAAGUGACAAAAAGCUCACGUGCUUUCCCAGUGCCACUUUCUGUGCAAUGCAGCUCCGUGUUAGCUGCUGUCAUGCUUGAAAUGAGGUCACAGCAUCAGGAAAUCGCCCUCCUGAUGACAGUGAAAACUUCCAAAGUCGGCUUCACGUGUCCUUUGAUUUGCUGUUGAGUCUUUCUUCCUGCAACUGUGACAUGUCUCUCCCCGAUGAGCUCAGCGGGAAUAACGUCUCUAGUAGACACUGAAAGGUGGAAGGGAGCUUUGCCUCGCCUGACAUCAUUUUCUCAGACAUUCCUUUAGGAGUUGGCACACAGAAACUCCUCAGUCCCAUUACAAGAGAGCAUGGUGUUCUGUGUCUUAAAUUUAUUAUAAACCUCUUCAAAGACGGGGCCUAAUGUUGGAGCUAUGAGUGAAGUUUUGAGGUAAGCUGCAGGAUUCAGUUGGCAGGGUUACAGUUACAUCUCCAUCUGUUUUUCCCUGGCUUUGAUGACGUCUUCCUUACCUGCUCUCCAGCCUACCUGCGCACUCAUUCACGAGACACGAACGAAAGCAUUACUGUCACUUUGAGAGCAGCAACAGUUGACGAUAAGUUACAUUCACAUUCCACGUCUGAGACCAACAUUUCUUUUUCUGUUACACAGAUGUGCCAAACACUUUCCAAAUUGCCCUUUCCAUAGCCAGAAGCAGCCUGUUACAUCCUGGAAUUACACAUACCUAAGGUACUCGAGACAGUUUGCUGAUGAGAACUUCCAUGGCAGAUUUCACAAAUGCUUGCAACAUUUUAAGACAAUGUUAUUAAGAAUGUUAUGAUUAAGAAAAUCAUAUUGCUUUUAGGAAUAAAUGGAAAUAUGCAGGUCAUCAAUACAAACAAAUAUUACAGACACACAUUCUGUCCAGCCAGAUGGAGAGAACAAACAUUGCCUUGUCAAAAUAUCAAGUAAAAUUACUUCUCAGUUGGGUAUUAGAUUUCCAAAGAUAUGCAGUUCUUGCUUGUGUAUGAGUAGAGGAGUAUCAACGGGACCCCACAUAGAGAGUAAAGCAACACAGAGAAUCAAGGGGAUUGGUGUUCUAUGUCUGCUGCACACCCUCCUGCCAUGUCCCUUCCUCAAGUCCUUUCCUGAUAGGCCAGUGGAGAUUGACUCCCUGCGUCUCACACUUGAUCCUCAGUGGGUGUCUUUGUUGUGGUUCUACUGCCCGUAGGAUAACCGGUCAUUCCUUAGGAAGCUCCCAAGCUUACCAAUUGUGUAAAUUGUAGAUUACUGUUAGCACCUGGUCUUUUUAAAAUUUUUUCUGCUUGUAAUUCCUUUCAAUGUCAUUGAACUUCAUACAUUUCCCAAGAAUUAAACUCAAUGUAAUGUCGAGGCUGAUGCCAGACCCUGUAGGGAUCCAUACUCAAUAACUCAACAAGCUGUAGUACACACUGUUACCAAGAGUUUCACUUCUAGCUAAAAACUCUGGUGACUGUACUUCGAUAUGUGAGGCUUACCUAGGGAGCAGAAAGCUGCUCAGGUUUUGUUCCUACAGGCUUCUCUGAGUUUUAGAGUGAAUGGGAGUCUGUCCACUGCCUGCCUGCCGGUCUAAGCUGUCUUAGAGCUUUUCUUCCUAGCAUUUGAAUACUGAUUUCCUCCCCAACUUAACUACCUCUAUUGUCUAACACCUACAGUAGGUGUGAUUAUGGAAUAUGAAUCAACUGAAAAAAAAUACUAUGAUAACAUUUUAUCUGUUGCUUUAAAACUGUUUUUUUUGUAUUCAAAUAAUCUUUACUUGGUGAAUUGUGAUGACUUUUGUGACAUGUUUAUGCAUAUUUCUUUUUUUUACACAAAUGCCAUGGCAUAUUUUUCCAUAAAAAAACUAAAGUCAAAUGUAUUUGUAAUUCAUGCUUAUUGGGAUUUAAUUGUUCAGAAUUUAAAUUUUUUUUCAUGUUUUUAUACUGUCAAGCCAUCUAUCUUAUGUCUUUGUUUAGUUUCAAUGUAUUUAUGAAAGAAAUACAUUAGAUUGUAUUUAUGUUUAUCCACUUCCCCACUUGGUUUAUUUUUCUUAGUGGUUGCUAAAAAAUUUGGGUUUUUUAGGGGUGGUAAUAUUUAUCUUUUCUUGUGUUCUUUGUUUUACAUUGUUUGUGGGUUUUUUUUUAUUAAAAUGUUUCCUUUUUCUGUUUAUAAUUAGCACACCUCUGGCUAAUGUUCAGUGUUUGUUUAUGCUAAAUACCAAAAUUUUUUCGAAAGGACUAGUUGAGUAAGGAAGCGGAUUAUUUAUGGUGAAUGGAAGAUGAAAACAAUUCUAUGAUUAAACAAAGAGAUGUUUCCAGCAUCAGAGAAGAAUCUGUGGCUUAUUUGUAACCUA